AUGGAGAAUAUAGAGGUGAAAUUAAAGUUAAAACUCUCCUUAUUAUUUUCUAGGGAACGUACCUGUAUAAAGUUAUCGCUCUCACUUUGGGAAGCAACCAUGGAAUUGUAUUCAGCUAACGACACAUCUAUAUCUCGUGCCGGUUUGAGGCAGACAGACAUUACAACCCAACUGGAAAGCCAGAAAAAAUUCAGAGCCAAGACUCAAAGUGUGAUGUUUAACGCUGCAAUGAUGAAGAGUAAACGCUCAUUACACGACGAGUCUAUGUCGGUAUACAGCGGAAGGUCUGGAAAUACAGAGAAUAUGAUUAACCAGCAGCUAUAUCAUCAGCAGCAAUAUCCUGUGCAGGAUCAAUGCUCACAACAGCAACCACAGAAUCUUCCGAUAGGGCAAUAUCCAGCAGGGCAGUACCCACCGAGACAAUUUCCACCAGGACCGUACCAGUCAGGUCAAUUGCCACCGGGACAGUAUCCGCCAGGACAAUUACCCAUGGGACAAUAUCCACUAAAACAAUAUCCAGCGGGACAAUACCCCCAGCAAUACCCAGUAACACAAAACCAACCAAUUCCAUUACCUAAGCAGAGAACAGAUAAAAAAGAAUUCCGGGAAUCGUAUAUGUAUUUGAACCAAUAUAGCACUGAUCAAUCCCAACAGCCCCAACAACAAAACCUAGGUAGAAUAAGUGCAUCAUCACAAGGUUCCCCUGUUCAAUCGUUACAGAGAAGAUUUUCCUCUCAAAAUGGAGGGAUAAUAGGGUCUCCAAUGUCCAUGACAACCGAAGAAAUUGCGAGGAAAAUGUCUUUGAAUGCGUUGAUGGGUGUCAGAUCAAACGAUCAAUUUGGUACUGCAGAUAGUACAACCCUGUCACCCGUCAUCAACUACAUGAAUAGAAUAGACAGUGGAUCUCAUGAGAAUUCCAAUAGUGACUGGGAAUCUAUUUAUGACGAGAGUUCCAUCCGGCAAAGAAAUCCAACUCCUGAAAUGACCAAAGCUAUUGAUCGUUUACAAGCUGAAAACAGAAGUCUAAAGAAACGAUUAAAGGAUAUUGAACUAGGACGUGACGCCAGCUCAAUUGUUGCUAUUGACGAGAAAUACUCGAAAUUGGUGGAGGAAUAUGAUACUUUAGUGGAUAAUUACUUGAUACUUGAGACUGAAAAUAAAAAACUGGCAACCGAAAAUGACUCCUUUAAUAAAACUCUAAGCAAAGUAGAGAAUUCAACCAACUUGAAAGAUAAACAAAUUAAAAACUACGACGAAGCACUGAAGAAAAUAAUCGAAAAACUAGGAGACAUAGUACCGAGUCAAUCGGAUAUUGAAUUACUUCUCGAUGAAUUGGAUGGUGACCUAAAGGAGAAAUAUAAAGUCUAUUUGAAAAAACCGACACAUUCUGAUGAUAAAGAAGGCGAAGUGGUGAGCGAAUCACGGAAAGUUAGCACCAACGUCUCAUUGGAAGACCAUGUCAAUAUUAGUACACUAACAGAUGCCGAAAUAAUACAUAUGUUGAGUGAUGAUGUUAAAACUUUGAGACUAUCUCUAUCUAAAACAAACACGCAAUUGAAGGAGAUCACCAAGGUUUAUAAUACCAAGGUUCAAGAGGAAAGAAAAACCAUUAUUGUAUCUUCCAUGCAAAAAAUGUUACAUAAUGAGUUUUUACGAGAAAAUCCUGGCAGAAAAACUGGUUUACAGAAUUUCAGGAUUAUCCAAAUCUGCCCGGAUAGUGGUAUUGACCGUCGUAACAAAGAGUAUUCUCCGGUCUCUCAAUUAGCCAACUUUUCAUCGCCUUCAACCUCCGAGAGUCCUCCAAUGUCUGCUGCAUCUAAAAAUUCAAUGAUUUCAGAAUCAAAUUCUCAAAGAAAGCUGAACGACUCUGAUUACUCAAAUACGGAGAAUGAAAGUGAGGGAGAAUUCCACGAUAGCAACGAUCUAGUUCCUUCUGAUGAACUUGACUUUUUUUCUUCCAGCACUGGGAAGAAAAAAAAUGCACCUGCAAUCAGCUCACUUCAGGCAACAAGCUCACCAAUCGAUUUACAGUUUGAGAAAUUUAACUAA